ACGUAACGAAAGUACGUUCAGCACUGAUCACGGAAGUGCACGCCGGUGCUCUCGCUAACCAGUACAGCGGAGUUUUGAAUGAUUGAUAUCAAACAGCUAUUUCCCUCAUUUUUGCACCCUAUGUUGAGGUCGGUGCCGACAGUGAGUAGUAAACGUAAAUAGUUACAGUUCAGGCUGUGGUUGAGCUUGGCUGCUGUCUGUGCAUGUCGCAGCAUUGACGCUUCUUAGUAGCAUAGUUUGGCUUUGUGAAUAGUCCUCCACGGAGCGUCAGUGUGCUGGGUAACGUGUAUGCAUUUAUUACAUAAAAGGUGUAAUUACACAAGUACAAGGUCGGUGAAGUAGCCUACAGACUGUUAGAUUCGCCCUCCUGCAAUGGAAAAUACACGCACAGAGACGUUUUUGAUAACUGGGGGAUGUGGCUAUUUUGGUCAUCGCCUGGCAUGCUCCCUGCAUAAAAAAGGAGCCAAUAUCAUUCUGUUUGACACAGUCCCUUCAAAGCAAGAAGUGCCUGAGGGCGUUGUGUUUGUUCAAGGAGAUAUACGUGAGUAUGCACAAGUGGAAAGGGCUAUCGCCGGUGUGGACUGUGUAUACCACAUCGCCUCCUAUGGCAUGUCUGGCAGGGAGCAGCUGGACCGACAUCUGAUUGAGGCGGUGAAUGUUCAAGGCACACAGAACGUCCUGCAGGCCUGCAUUGAGCUCGGGGUGUCCAGGCUUGUUUACACCAGCACCUUCAAUGUGGUGUUCGGAGGCCAAGUGAUAGAAAACGGGGAUGAAAGCCUCCCUUAUCUACCUCUCCAUCUGCACCCUGACCACUACUCCAGAACCAAGUCGCUGGCGGAGAUGGCGGUACUGAAAGCUAACGGCACAGCACUGAAGGACGGCUCAGGGGUGCUGAGAAGCUGUGCACUGCGACCGGCAGGAAUCUACGGGCCUGGUGAGCAGAGGCACCUGCCCAGGAUAGUUGGCUACAUAGAGAAGGGGAUUUUCAAGUUUGUUUACGGUAAACCCAGCAGCCUGGUGGAGUUUGUCCAUGUGGACAACCUGGUGUCAGCACACGAGCUCGCUGCCGAGGCUCUGACCUCAGAGAAGCAGCACCGUUCUGCCGGCCAGGCCUACUUUAUCUCAGACGGCAGGCCUGUGAACAAUUUUGAAUUCUUCAGACCUCUGGUGGAGGGCCUGGGCUAUCCUUUCCCCAAACUGCGCCUUCCUAUCACUCUCAUCUACUUUGUAGCCUUUCUCACAGAGAUGAUUCACCACCUCAUCGGGCCCUUCUGUAACUUCCAACCACUGCUGACACGCACAGAGGUGUACAAGACUGGUGUGACGCAUUACUUCAGCAUGGCAAAGGCUAAGGCAGAGCUCAGCUAUGAGCCUCAGGAGUACACCCUGGAUGAGGUUGUUCAAUGGUUCAGAAGCAGAGGCCAUGGGAAAAAAUCAAACAGCUCCUUCCUCACUCGGUUGCUACUAGACAUCCUGUUAGUCUCUGCUUUUGUUGCCGUGGUUCUCUCUUUUCUUCCAUUUGUUGGCAGUUGAUGAGCAGCUAAAGCAGAAAUAUCACUCAGGCAUUUUGUAAAAUGCCGCAUCAAAAUUGGCUCAUAACCAGGUUGUUUACAAGUCUUAGUAUGACAACGUCCAUGGACACGUUUGAUUACGCAACCAGUCAAUGCUGGCAGGUGCUACAAAAACACCUUUUUAUACUGUAACACCCAUCACAUGUGAAAAGGAUCAUAUUUGUAGCUUAUUGUCUUAAUUUUACAUUCUAUGACUGGUGUCGCAGUCAGAGAUAUAUAUGUCAAAUUCUACCUCUUUUUUCAUAACACCUACCUUUUAAAAGAACAUCCCUGGGGACAAAGAUUGAAAGUAACCUCAUACAGACAUGUUUUAAUGCUGUUUUAUGAAAAGCAAUCUAAUAAAAUUCAAAGGAAUGUUUUUUAAAACUGUAACGAAUAAAU